GUCUGGCAGCUUUGUUUAGGCAUGUGAUCCAAUGGUCCCGUUCGUCUUUGUUUUUCACUCGGAUCAACAGAACUCUAUGAUCUACCUUGGCACAUGGACUCGCGUAAAAGUGCAAUUCCAGGCCAUCUUCAAAGUCUUUGUGGAUGUGUGCAGUAGCGUGCUGGAGGUGAGCAAUCCCGCGUGGAAGGUUUGUCAAAGGAGCGGACAAAUCGUAUUCGAAUAGAUAAUUUUGUCGUAAAACCAAUUUGCACGACGAAAAUUUGCCAAAGGAUAAGUGAUAUUUUUCGCCAAUGUAGGUCAUCACGGCAUCUCCUAAUUCAAUCGCGCCUGAGGCUUUCGAAGGGCACGUUGAAGUCGCCGCCUCUUUGACAGAUUCAGUGCACAAUCCACUCAGGCCCUGUAUCGUGCUUGAUGGACAAGCUGCCAAGGCAGCAGGUGCAAUUAGGUAACGUCGACCCCGCGCCCACGAGUCGGCGCUCUGAAUAGGUUUCAACAAGCGCGAACUGUUGCUAUGAAUAAUAUUGUCUUUGGCAAAUGUCGUCGUCGGGAGAGAUUUACUUAGUAGAUUCGAAGAGGAAACGGGUCUCUCUUGAGAAUUGUACAUGCCCGCCAAAUCAACGUUUGAAGCCUUGUUUCCACCGAGAAAGGGACUUUCGGAAUCUGUGGAAGAAUUAUGAAUUUUCGUAAACGCCUUCUUCGUUUCAGGCGAGGCCGGAAAAACAGUUCUUUCUGUCUGACCCAGUUUAUGAAGGAGAUGGGAAGAAGACGAGGUAUGCACCGUAACCAUCCCACCGAUAGUCUCCAAAGCUCCGUCGAGGUUUUCGGGCGGUUCUGUGAUUCUGCCAUCGGUGAUGAUCGUUGGAGUUGUGUUGCUAAAGCUGUAAUGGCUACUGUUAUUCUGGCUCAUCAGAUUCGUGUCACCGUUGUUCGGUUCUGGGACCAGGCUAUUGUCCGAGUCAUCUAGAUUAAGACCAACAUCGUGAAAUUCGGAAGAUGGAUGUUUGUUCUGUAUCCUCAGUCCUUUCAAAGUCGGCAUUUCGGGAACAUUACGAAAAUCCAACUCAUCGUGGUAAUUAUGAUUGUAUUGUCUCACUGGUGUGUUCGUACGGGAAUUUGAGUUGGAACUGGAACUGUAUAUGUGGGUUCUUGAAUUGGACCGUGUACGGUGAAGCUGUGUCAGUUGUGGAGCCGAUGAGGCACUGUUGGGUUGCUCCUCCCCUUCGGAGACGACUGGAUUGAUCUGGAAAGACGGCGAAUGACACGCGGUGGAAGUCGCAUUCAUGUUAUUGUAAGAAGUUGAACCUCUCAAUUGUUCGUCCAGAGCGCUCGUAAAUGUUGGUGGAGUUGUGGAUACCGUCGUUUCCGUAUUCGCCGAUCUAUUGUCUCCGUGACAGUCUACUUCUUUUUGCAACCCGGAACUGUGCAAAGGGCCCGUCCGAGUGUAUUCUGCUACGGAAGACGGGAAGUGCAUUCUUGUAUGGGUCGUUGCUGAUGGUGCUACUACUGCCAACAGUGACGUCGAAGGCAACGACCGCCUUGCCAGAGUGGUUGAAUCGUUUUUGGCAAUUUGUUGGCCCUUUCGCAGUUGAACGUCCAAGGCAUCCAUUGAUUGGUGCCCUCGUUGGAUUCGCCCACUGCUCGCACCACCUUUAGAAAACAUGGACGGGAGCCCACCGCUCUUCCCCGAUAAAUUCCGAGAGACCAAUCGCUUCGAUCCCUUUAUUAUAGAAAACGACGAUUUUUUCUUGCUCCCUCUCAUUCCUCCCCCCGUCGUGGAUUGACUCGCUCCACUUCCAUUCGUGCCGGUGGACAUGUCUUCUGCAGGUAGCAUAGAGUUAAUGCUGCUCCCCGGAGAGGAUGACAUCGUUGGUGAAAGGUUUGGGUUCUUGCCUUUCAAAAACGAAUUGAAGGAACGCUCCCAUUUUUUCCGAGGCGGCGUCCCACAAUGAGACGAUGGCGCAAUCAUUGAGCCUUCAAACUUGUUCCCGCCGGAUUGAUUAGUAUGAACGCUGUGUGCUUCGGCUUUCCUAGAAGAUGCGCUGCUGGAACUAACAUUCAGAGACGAUGCGGAGGUAGACGCUUUUAACAAAGUGAAGCUUCGUCCUGGGAUUGGGAGACUUGCUGUAGUGAUAGCUCCUGCUGUUGGUGAUGACUCCUCGUCGUAGAAGUUGCGUCUGACCAUUGCCUUCCGUUCAGCUCCGCGGAGAUAUAGUUUGCUUUAUUUUUGCCCAGUUCGCCACGAUGCAGUGAAAUGGAUUUUGGCUCACUAGCUCCUAAACAAAAGACGGAAUGGAUCAUGCUAGCACACGGAUGAAUCGCAACUUAUCGAUAACCGUCCAGUGUUUUGUUUUCGAGGAAUACAUUUCUUCGUUUGUGCUGGUUUUUGUAAGUACGAAACUCUUACGGUUCCCAGAAUAUAUUGCGAAGUAACCUCCGGAACUUGAGUUUAUGAAGAAUAAACCAUCAAAAGUUCUGUUCCGAUGCCUGCAGUUCGUUGUUUUAUGGUCGCGUCUGCAGAUAUGUUUUAUCAGCGACUUUCUGUAAAUCGUUUCUCUACUUAUGAAAUUGUCGUGUCCGUUAUAUCUCUUCUCUUAAAAGCUCUCGAAGUAUGAGAAUACGAUUCCAAUCCUUCGGGUCAAUCCAUCUCGAAUUGUGAAUCAAAAAGAUACCUACACUUCUACGAGAAGAAAGCUCAUUUGUCUGGCGCGGUGGCAUGCACAAGCUGAGGUUGAGAACUAUCGACAAUUCAUAGGCCCUGCUUUGUGCGAACUCGUGAAACAACGAAUAAUCUCUUCAAGAACGA